AUGUUCCCAACAUUUGCCCUCUUAUUCGUUACUUUCCUUCUCUACCAAUUAUCACGACGAAGUCUUCGCGUUAGCAUCGCGCGUCUUCGUGGUCCGGUAUCGCCCUCUUUUCUCUAUGGUUAUAUCCCCACUCUCGUUCAAGAUCAGGCUGGUGCUAAAGACUUCCAACUACAAGGAACUUAUGGCGAUGUAAUUAGAAUCAGGGCGCCCCUGGGGGAAAACCGUCUCCUUCUCAUGGACCCCAAAGCGCUCCAUCACAUAUUUUAUAAUUCUGGAUAUCGCUACUCCAAACCUACUGGAAUACGAGUGAUUCUUGGAGCGGUCUUGGGGCCGGGACUGUUCUACGCCGAAGGUGAGGACCACAGGCGCCAACGGAAUAUCGUUCUACCGGGAUUCGGCAGCCGUGAACUGAGGUCAUUCGUCCCCAUCUUCUGCUCGUAUGCCAGUCGGAUGACUGCGUACUGGCGAAGUAUUAUAGCCGCCGACAACUCAGAUUCCGCGGUCAUAGAAGUGACAUCCUGGAUUACUCGCGCGUUGUUGGACGCCACCGGGGAAGCUGCCUUCGAUUACCAAUUUGGGUCCUUGGAUAAUUCAGAAACCGACCUCGCGAAGGCGUAUGCUCACAUGGCGCUUAAUGUUUUUGGCGUCCCUUCCAAGCUGGCCCUCUUAGUGUUGUGUGCUAUGGAUUCUUGGCUUCCUGAAUCUGUUAGUCAGUUUUUGACGAACAUUCCUGUUCCUCGGUUAAACGUGGCGAGGAAUGUGAAUACCAUAUCAACGAAGGUGGCGAAGGGUCUUGUCGAUGAUAAGCAGGCUUUGUUGUUGGAGGGUAAGAGCAAUAAAGACAUAAUGAGUUUACUUGUAAAAGCGAACGCAUCAGAGGAUCGUAAGAAAAAGCUGCCAGAGAACGAGCUAUGGGCUCAAAUGAACACGAUCAUUGUCGCCGGUCAUGAAACUACAACUAACGCAUUAGCGUGGACUUUACUGGAAUUAGCGCGACAUCCCGAUGUCCAAACAAAGCUUCGCACCGAGGUUCGCGCCUACCUCCGCAAACGGGCGGUCUCCGAAUUGACGGCAGAUGACUUCGAUUCCAUGCCUUACUUGACCGCGGUCGUCAAGGAGAGUCUUCGGUUCCAUCCAACCCUACAUCACGCCUAUAGAUAUGCAUGCGAGGAUGAUGUAUUGCCUUUAAGCCAGUCUAUCAUAGAUGUCGACGGGAAGGUACUUACCGAGAUACCGAUUCCCAAAGGCACGUAUGUCUUCUGUUCCAUCGCGGCUUACAACCGCAACAAAGAGAUUUUUGGAGUGGACGCGGAUUUGUACAAUCCUGAAAGGUGGUUAGAGGGUACUGUGAAGCCCAGAAACGACACGUCGAUUGGAGUAUACGCAAAUCUUUUUACCUUCAUCGGUGGUAAGAGAUCGUGCACGGGUUGGCGAUUCGCAUUGCUGGAGAUGCACGCCUUCGUUACCGAACUUGUGAAUGGCUUCGAGUUCAAGCUCACGGCUGAUGCCCACAGAAUUCGUAGGGAACCAUGUGCCGUGGUUACACCGACCCUUGAGGGCGAAGUGGAUAAAGGACCACAAUUGAAGUUGAAGGUCAAGAUAGCAUCGUAG